GCGAAGGCGGGAGGAAGAUGCAAAAGCAUCUUCUUCGUUUCGUGGCACCUUCACCUCGCGGCACAUCCUGCGCGGUGCGGGGCAGCGCUCAGCCCCUUCCUGCCCACGGAGGAGGAGGAGGAGGAGGAGGAGGAAGAAGAAGCCGAGGGGCCGCGAAGGUGGAGGAGCUCCAGCCCGGCCGCCCCCUUUAGCUCUGCAUGGAGGUGACCCCAUGGCUUUUCUCCGCCGGCUUUUUGGCUUUUCGGAAAAGAAGAAGCCGUCGCCGAGGCGGUACGAGCACGUCAGGCGGGACGUGGACCCCGAGGAAGCCUGGCUGGUGCUGGGCGAGCUGGGCGACGGCGCCUUCGGCAAGGUCUUUAAGGCGCAGAACAAGGUGACGGGGGCGCUGGCGGCCGCCAAGGUGAUCGAGACCCCGAGCGAGGAGGAGCUGGAGGACUACGUGGUGGAGAUCGAGAUCUUGGCUUGCUGCGACCACCCCAACAUCACCAAGCUGCUGGACGCGCUCUACUGGAACGGGCGGCUCUGGAUCCUGGUGGAGUUUUGUGCCGGAGGGGCCGUGGAUGCAGCGAUUUUGGAGCUGGAGAAAGGGCUGACGGAGGAGCAGAUCCGGGCGGCUUGCAAGCAGCUGCUGCUGGCGCUGCAGUACCUGCACGGCUGCAAGAUCAUCCACAGGGACGUGAAGGCUGGCAACGUCCUGCUCACCCUCGACGGGGACGUCAAGCUGGCCGAUUUUGGCGUCUCGGCCAAAAACUCCAGCACCGUCCAGCGCCGGGUGUCCUUCAUCGGCACCCCGUACUGGAUGGCCCCAGAGGUGGUGCAGUGCGAGACGUCCAAGGAGAGCCCCUACGGCUACAAGGCUGACAUCUGGUCACUGGGCAUCACGUUGAUCGAGAUGGCCGAGAUGGAGCCCCCCUACCACGAGCUGAACCCCCUCCGGGUGCUGCUGAAGAUCGCCAAGUCCCAGCCGCCCACCUUGCGUCACCCCAAGAGGUGGUCUGAAGACUUCAAGGACUUCCUGAGGAAAUCCUUGGAGAAGAGCCCCGAGGCACGGUGGUCGGCCAGCCAGCUCCUGCAGCACCCCUUUGUGGCGGGCAUUUCCGACAAGCGACCGCUCCGGGAGCUGGUGGCCGAAGCUCGAGCCGACGUGCUGGAGGAAGAGGAUGAGGAGGAAGGUCUGGUCCCCUUGCCUGGGCAGGAACGUGGAGAGUCCUCCUGUCCCCCAACCCCAGGGGAUCCCCUGGAGCACCAGCCCCCAGACCCAGUGGGGAGAGCCAGCAAGGAGCCGGGCAUCCCAUCCAACACCCAGGUGGUGGAUGAGCCCAGGACCAAGAAAGCAUCCGACUUUUUGAAGCAAAUGAGGAGGAGGUCCUCACCUGAGCCCGUGGGCUCCCUGAGGCUCCCCGCGAAGAGGUCGUCUGAGCUUCUGAAGCUGAUGCGGCGCAGGUCGUUUUUUGGAGGGAUGAAGUCCCAAGAAACAGCUAAGGAGCAGCACGGGGCAGAGCCGAACAGGUUGGAGAUUACGGCAUUGGAUGUUCCUCAAGGGACAUCAGUCCCAGCAGAGGCAGGAGGAGAAGUUCAAGGGUGUCGAGAGGAGGAGACCAGCCAUCUGGGGAGCCCCUGCAACGUGCCUGAGCUCCCCUUGGGACCACAGCGGGCAGGAGACAUUGCUGAACCACAAGAGCUGAAGGCAGAGCAGGUUGGACCCAAGGCAGAGCCCCAGGAGGAAAGCCAACAUGCUGACGCAUCACCGGUGGCCAAAACACCCACGGAGGGACAGCUUGGAGCCCAACCAAGCCCCGUUUUGACCCCCAAAAGCGAUACAAGAAAGGAGUCAAGCAGAGACCAUACCUGUAACUCGCUGGCCCUGCCUGCACCCACGGACAGGGACUGGUGCAGAGGCUCGGCCGUGGGGCAGCUGGUGGCAGCCCUGGACCUGUGGACCAUGGGGACCAAAACCCAGAGCUUCAAGUCACUGGCAGAGCAUCAGCACCGGGUUACCCGGUCCUUGCUAGAGGUGAAGGUUGAGGUUAGCUCCACAGGGGCUGAAGAUGGCCUUGGGAAGGAUGGCGAUGGAGCAGGGAGGGGACCCAUGGGACCUGAGGGAGCUGGAGAGCCUGGGGAGACUGAGCAGAUUGAGGUUGGCUCCACCGGGGCUGAAGAUGGCCUUGGGAAGGAUGGUGAUGGAGCAGGGAGGGGACCCAUGGGACCGGAGGGAGCUGGAGAGCUUGGGGAGACUGAGCUGGUGGAGGAGAGGGUGCCACGGGGUGAAGAAUCGCUGAUGCCCAGUGUGACAGAGGAGGUAGUGGUGGUGUCAGACGUUCUCAAGGGGUGGCAGGAGCCCCCAGCUGGUCCGGGAGAGGCCGGAGAGAGGAACAACGAGGGGAGACACUCAGCCGCCUGCGAGCCCAUCGCUGACGCCCUGGACCUGGUUGAGCAGGAGGUGGGGAGGAAUGAGGAGGAAGCCACCGUUAACACUGAAACUGGGGUGGAAACUUCUCCCGAGGAAGCCCUGGUGCCAGCAGAAGUGAAAUUGGAAGAGGAUGUUGUAAAAGGGUGUUUGAUUGGAGACCAUAACCCAGUUGGAGAUGCAACCAGGCCGGGGAAAGUGAUGCUGGCAGGAGAGGAACCAGAGGUGGUGGCCUCUGCACCAUGCGCAGGAAAGGGACCUGCAAAUGAGGAGGCUCAAAAUUCAGCAGAGGAUUCAUCCCCCAUGGAGAUCCCGGAGCCUGUUGAAGAAGAAACAGAAGAGAAAGCAGGAAAUAACCUCAGAGACAACCAGCCAGAAGCUGCUCAUGGGAAUGUCUGGAAAGGACAAGAUGGAAAUGAUGGAGAGCUUGGAGAAGACACGGUGCAGGUUGCUCCAGCUCCUGAAGGACCAUCAAGGGAUGGACCCGGAGAGGAGAUGGGUGGCUUGGAGUGUCACGGAGCAGUGUGUGAGCCCCAGGAGGCCCUCGGUGGACAUCCACAGGCCACAAAGUCUGUGAACUUUGACAGCGCCCUUGUCCGCAGCUCUUCCCAGGCGCGGGCAGCGUGGGAAGUAGGGAACGCACCAGACCCACCCAUCACAUCACAGCAAGGAGAAGAGCCAUUCCCUGUGGAAAAUCCUGCAUGUGUACAAGGUCCAAGUGUCCUCCCGGCAGCAGCGCAGCCUUUCCCCUCUGCCGGGGAAGCCCAGCAGGAACCUGCCUCGCUCCAAAGGACGGUCAAGAAAACUCGGAGGUUUGUUGUGGACGGGGAGGAGGUGAGCGUGACGACUUCCAGGACCGUCGACAGGGCUGGGGCAAGGGAUGAGAUGGUGCGCUCGGCUCGGCGCCAGGAGCUCCGCGAGCUGCGGGUGCUGCAGAAGGAAGAGCAGCGAGCUCAGAGCCAGCUGGAGCAGAAGUUUCACCAGCAGCGGGAGCAGAUGUUUCGUCACAUCGAGCAGGAGAUGAUGAGCAAGAAGGAGUUUUACGACCGGGAGGUGGAGAGCUCGGAGCGGCGCUACCAGCAGCUGAAGGAACGUCAGGAGCUCGAGUACACGGUGAGGCUGCGAGACGAGGCCAAACGCCUCAAGGCCCUCCAGGAGAAGGACUGCGGGAGGAGGAUGCAGGAGCUGAAGGGUGAUAGGAGAGAGGAGCAGCGGUUCCUGCAGCAGCAGCAGGAGGAACUCAACGCAGCCCUGCAGAGGGUCGUCCAGGAGCACAAGAAGAAGAUGACGUCCAUCGACUGGGAGUGCAUCAGCAAGAUCCAUAGCCUCAGGAGAGCCCGCGAGUCGGUGGUGUGGAGCAUGGAGCAAGGGCACCUGCAGGAGAAGUACCAGCUCUUCAGGCAGCAGGUGAAGGAGCAGCAUGCGCUGCAGAGGCAGCAGCUCCGCAAACGCCACGAGAAGGAGACGGAGAGGAUGAACCGCUUCCACCAGCUCUUGCUGGAGGAUCUGAGGAGUCAGCAGGCGCAGGAGCGGGCUCAGCUGCUGAAAAGCCAGCGCUGCGAUGCCAAAACCCGCCUGGCCCUCUUCAAGGACAACCUGAAGAUCCAGGAGGCCAAUGGGGCCAAGCAGAGGGAGAGGGCCAAGCAGUUCGCGCAGCAGGAGGAGAGGCGGCAGCGAGCGGAGGCGCAGCAGCAGCAGGAGCAGCAGGCGCAGCAGCUGCAGCAGCUGCAGCAGCAGCAGGCUGAGAGCCUGGCAGAGCUGGAGCAGAUGCAGAGCGAGAAGAUGACCCUCUUGGCAGAGCAGGAGAGGAGGCAGCUGGAGCGGCUGGACCAGGAGCAUGCCAUGGAGCUCAGCGAGUGGAAGCAACGGCUGGCUGCCCGCAAGGAGAUGUUGGAGGAGGAACUGGGGAACUCGCUGCCGGUGCAGCGGCGAGGAGGGCUGCGCGGCGCCCACAGCAGCAACAGGAUCACCCGCUUCUUCCACUUCCCGUCCUGACACUCCACUGGGGAUUACUGGGGAGUGAGAGGCAGGCAGCUGCGUGGGGACCGGUCCCACGGCUCUUCUGGGAGAUGGGACCAAAGGAUCUCAAAGGUGACACGAGGGGCAGCUGCCCCGGGGAUGCUGAGCCCCAGCACUGAGCCGCCGGGCAGGACAUGGUACGGAUCCCGGGGGUGGCAGGCGUGGGUGUGUUUAAGAUGACCCUUGCCGUGCUGGAGGGGCUGGGGUGACACAGGCGCUGCCACCCCGAAUCGCCCCAGAAGCCCUUCGGCGAAGUCACCCCACUGGUCUCGAAGCUGUGGGUACAGGGGGGGGUUGGUGGCACUUCCCGUGCGGAUCUCCCCUCAGCUGAAUUGCA